AUGUGGGGCGGCCAGAAGGAUGUGCAGGACCUUGUGCGGGGCAUUAGGGCGCACAAGAAAGAGGAGGCCAACUACAUUCGGGAGUGCCUUCAAGAGAUCAAGGAAGAGCUCAAGGAGGAAAAUCACCAAAAGAAGUCCCUCGCCGUGCAGAAGCUCACCUACUUGCAAAUGCUGGGCUAUGACAUUAGCUGGGCUGCUUUCAACAUUGUUGAGGUGAUGUCGCAGCCCACCUUCACCAACAAGCGCAUCGGCUACUUGGCCGCUUCUCAGUCCUUCCACGAAGGCACUGAAGUGGUCAUGCUCACUACCUCCCUCUUCAAGAAGGCUCUCACUGUGCCCAAUCACCUUGCCAACAUCUGCACGCCGGAUCUGGCUCGCGAUCUUGCGGCGGACAUCGUCGCUAUCCUCAACUCGUCCCGUGCUUACCUGAGAAAGAAGGGCAUCUUGGUGCUCUACAAGAUCUUCCUCAAGUUCCCCGAGGCCCUUCGCCCCUCGUUCCCUCGCCUCAAGGACAGGCUCGAGGACACCGACCAGUCUGUCAUCUCGGCUGCGGUGAACGUCAUUUGCGAGCUGGCGCGCAAGAACCCCAAGAACUAUCUCCCGCUGGCGCCCACCCUGUUCAAGAUCCUCCAGUCAUCCACGAACAACUGGAUGCUCAUCAAAAUCAUCAAGCUGUUUGGAGCGCUUACUCCGCUGGAGAAGAGGCUGGCCAAGCGCCUGGUGCAGCCGCUGACCAACCUCAUCAACACCACCACGGCCAUGUCCCUUCUCUACGAGUGCAUCCAGACCUGCAUCAUCGGUCUAUCGCACAAGAUUCCGCUGAUGCGUCUGUGCAUCACCAAGCUCCGCACCUUCAUCGAAGAUCCCGACCAGAACCUCAAGUAUCUGGGCCUCCUCGCGCUCAACAGCAUCAUGAAGGUGCACCCGAAGGCUGUCGGGGAGCACAGGGACCUCAUCAUCAAGUGCCUCGAGGAUCCCGACAUCACCAUCCGUCUGCGCGCUCUCGAUCUGCUCACGGGAAUGGUGACCAAGAAGAACCUCCGUGACAUCAUCAAGAAACUCAUCGAGCACGUCCACACGGCCGACGGGCACUACAAGGACAACCUCAUCGAGAAGAUCAUCAGCAUCUGCAACCAGGACAGCUACCACUACGUGACCGAUUUCGAGUGGUACAUCACCGUGCUGAUGACCCUCGUACGCCUCAUCGGCCCCGGAACCAAGCACGGCAAGUUGAUCUCGUCGCAGUUCAUGGACGUCAUCAUCCGCGUGAACGUCGUGAGGUCUUACGGUGUGAAGAACAUGAUCCAGCUCCUGCGUGACUCGACCCUCUUCAACGAAGGCCAGGGCUCUUCCGUCCAGGAGGUCCUCUACGCCGCCGCCUGGAUCGUCGGCGAAUUCUCCUCGUAUUCGCGCAACUUCGUGGAGCUGAUGGAGGUCCUGCUGCAGCCGCGGGUUGUCUCGCUGCCCGCCGAGAUUCAGGCCAUUUACAUGCAGAACAUCCUCAAGAUCUUUUCCCAGGCCCUGAAGGCCACCUACCAGCCCGUCACUCUUCCCGAUGACGAUGAGAAUGAUGACGACGACGGUGAUCGCACGUUCAGCUUGGACCCCGAGGCUCUCGAGCAGCUCGUCAACACCAUGCUGGCCCGCCUGCCCGUCUUCAAGCAGUCCGUCCACCUUGAAGUCCAGGAGCGCGCCUGCUUCGCAUACGAGAUGGUGUCGCUCUACAACGAGCUGCGCAGGGCCGGCGAAGACAGCGGCGCGUCCGUCGCGCAGGAGGUCUACUCGAUUUUCGAGCAGCCGCUCAACCCCGUCGCCCCGAAGGCGCAGAAGAAGGUCCGCCCGCCCGAGGGCCUCGACCUCGACGCGCAGAUCAACGAGGUGCCCGAGUCCGAGUCCGAGGACUCGGAGUCCUCCGAGAGCGAGAGCGAGUCGAGCUCCGACCGCGAGGAGGGCUCCUGGUUCCCCAAGCAUGAGAAGGGCAGGGAGAGCGAGGUCAAGAAGGUGCACAGGCCCCAGUCGGCCUACAUCCUCACCGGCGAGAACGCCCGCCGCCCGUCCCGCGAGGAUUUCAUCGAGGAGCACGCCGAGCCGCCGCCGGUGGCCUCCGUCGCCGACCUGGGCAUCCACGAUCCCUUCUCGCGCAAGGUGAAGAAGCGCUCGCGUCGCCACAGCAAGCCUGUCAUCAACAAGGGCUACGAAAUGCCGGAGGACAUGGACGACAGCAACUCGGACAAGGACGACGACAGCAAGAAGAAGAAGGGCGGCAUCUACGCCGACGUCGAUUUCACUCGUCCGCUGGAGGCCCACGAGAACCUGCCCGUGCAGCAGCACCGCAUCGUCAUGUCCGCCCCCAAGAAGGAGGAGCCGCCCAAGAAGGACAGGGACGGCAAGCACCGGUCCAGCCGGCACCGCGACAAGGACGGCAAGCACCGCGACCGCGACGGCAAGGACCGCAAGGGCCGCCACAGACACGACGACAAGGAGCGCCGCUCCAGCGACAAGUCGGGCCGCAGCCGCAGCUCGUCGACCACGUCGGCCUCGUCGGCGACCGCCAAGGGCGAGAAGCCGGCCCACAUCCGCUCCUACGAGGCCGGGCCGCGCCUGAUCGACAUCUCGCCGUCGAGCCCCGGCAAGACCCCGUCGUCGCCCGCGAUCGCCGUGGCCUCCUCCGCGCCCGCCUCCCCGGGCCUCAGCUUCCUGGACCAGGUGCCCUCCCUGUCGUCGCCCGCGCCGGUCUACGAGCAGAUCGGCUCUCCCUCGCUGGGCGGCUCGGCCUCCCCGGCCCCGAUGAUGUCCAGCUCCUACUCGUCGCUCCCCGAGCUCUCGGGCUCGCCGCUGGUCGCCGCCGAGAGCGCCGGCAGGCGGAGCAGCAGGGACGCGUCCAAGUCGGGCGGACGCCACAGGAAGGACAAGGACGACCGCAGGCGCAAGGACGACGCCAAGUCCGGCAGCAGCAGCAGCCGCAGCCGGAAGGGCGAAAAGGACAAGAAGUCCAAGAAGGAGAAGGACAUCUUCGCCGACUACGAGAAGGACAAGAAGGCCAAGAAGGAAAAGUCGCGGGGCGACGGCAAGGAGUCCAAGUCAGCCAAGUCGGCCAGCCUGUUGCCCCUCUCGAGCGAAGAGGAGAGCAAGACCAAGAGGAGCUCUUCUCGCCACCACGACGACCGGCGUCACAGGAGCGACAGGCACGGCCACAGGUCCGAGCGCGGCGCUCCCGCGGCUGCUGCUGCCGCCGCUCCCGCUCCCGCUGCCCAGGCGCCGGCCGUGUCGACCCUGGUCUCCGAUGGGUCGCUGCGUGUGGUCUACACCUUCAGGAUCAAUCCCUCCGAGCCCAACAAGGCGAUGGCGGCGUUGAACGUGAUCAACACGGCGUCGACGGAGACUGUCACGGGCAUCUCGUUCACCACCAUCGACACGCUGUCGACUAAGCUGGUGUCAGGCCUCUCGCUCGCCGCCGACCUCGGCCCCAGCCAGUCCGUGCCGCACCAGCUCAUCUUCUCGCUCUCCAACUUUGUGCUGCCGCAGAAGGUCAAGGGCUCCCUCUCCUACACCUUGAAGGGCGCGGCGGAGGCCACGCCAAAGUGCACGCCCUUCGAGCUCACGUUCCCUCCGUCGACGUUCAUCCAGCCGAUCAAGCUCAGCCCUGAUUUCCUCAUGGGCAUCCUGGACCCUUCGGGAACGGUCGGACCGUCGCUGCAGACGGCGUCGACAAAUGUGACGCUGAGCGAGGGCCACGACCUGGUGCAGUCGCUGAUCGCCAUGCAGACCACGCUCCACGUUGAGGUGGUCGAGCGCACGCCGACGGCGGUGUCCUUCUACGGCCGCUCGUUGCAGGAGCUCCACGUGAUCGUGCUCGCCAAGAUCAAGUCGCCCUCCUCCUUCAGCGUCGAGAUCAAGUCCAACAACGGCACCCUCGCCUCCUCCCUCAUCGCCGAAGUCAACACCCUCUUCCGCUCCGCUUGA